AUGAGUUAUUGGAACUCGGAUAAGAGAAGCUGUUUGCAGUACUGCAGGCAUUUUUUGGUGGACAAUGGCGUUUUUCAUGUUGAGAGAUGUAUGAGUGUAAUGCAGUCUGGGACUCAGAUGGUUAAACUGAAGAAUGGAGCCAAAGGUUUAGUCCGUCUUUUUUACCUUGACGAGCACAGAACUUGCAUCAGAUGGAGGCCAUCCAGGAAGAGCGAAAAGGCAAAAAUCAUCAUCGAUUCCAUCUACAAAGUCACCGAGGGCCGGCAAUCAGAAAUAUUCCAUCGCCAUGCUGAGGGCAACUUUGAUCCAAGCUGUUGCUUUACCAUUUAUCAUGGCAACCACAUGGAGUCUCUGGAUCUGAUAACUUCUAACCCAGAGGAAGCUCGCACCUGGAUCACAGGACUGAAGUACUUGAUGGCUGGGAUAAGUGAUGAGGACUCACUUGCUAAAAGACAGCGAACACAUGAUCAUUGGGUGAAGCAGACCUUUCAGGAAGCAGACAAGAAUGGCGACGGCUUGCUGAAUAUUGAAGAGAUCCACCAGUUGAUGCACAAAUUGAAUGUCAACCUGCCCCGGAGGAAAGUAAGACAAAUGUUUCAGGAGGCUGACACAGACGAGAACCAGGGGACUUUAACUUUUGAAGAGUUUUCUGUAUUUUACAAGAUGAUGUCAUUGAGGCGUGACCUCUACUUGCUUCUUUUGAGCUACAGUGACAAGAAAGAUCACCUUACCAUUGAUGAGUUUGCUCAGUUUCUGAAGGUAGAACAAAAGAUGAGUCAUGUGACGACAGAGUAUUGUCUGGACAUCAUAAGGAAAUUUGAAGUUUCUGAAGAAAACAAGACUCAAAAUGUUCUGGGCAUAGAAGGCUUUACCAACUUCAUGCGCAGUCCUGCGUGCGAUGUGUUCAAUCCACUUCACAGUGAGGUUCACCAGGAUAUGGAUCAGCCCCUCUGCAAUUACUUCAUUGCAUCAUCUCACAACACGUACCUAACUGGAGAUCAGCUUCUCUCUCAAUCUAAAGUUGAGAUGUACACCCGAGUCCUGCAAGAUGGCUGCCGAUGUCUUGAAGUUGACUGCUGGGAUGGUCCAGAUGGGGAACCUGUUGUGCAUCACGGCUAUACUCUUACUUCCAAAAUACUCUUUAAAGAUGUUGUAGAAGUGAUCAAUAAAAAUGCCUUUACUAAAAAUGAGUUUCCAAUUAUCCUGUCUAUUGAAAAUCACUGCAGUAUUCAGCAGCAAAAGAAAAUUGCCCAAUACCUCAAGGAGAUUUUCAGUGACAAGUUGGACUUGAGUUCUGUGAGCGCCACGGAUUCCAACCAGCUUCCAAGUCCUCAGAGUUUGAAAGGCAAAAUCCUAGUCAAGGGUAAAAAGCUUCCUUAUAGCCUUGGUGCAGAUGCUGAAGAAGGGGAAGUAUCUGACGAAGACAGUGCAGAUGAAAUCGAAGAUGACUGCAAGUUAAAGCUGUCUUAUAGUAAUGGCACAACGGAGCACCAGAUGGAAUCUUUUAUAAGGAAGAAACUUGAAUCCUUGUUGAAAGAGUCUCAGAUCAGGGACAAAGAAGACCCUGACUGCUUCACUGUGAGGGCGCUUUUAAAAGCAACACACGAGGGCUUAAAUGUAAACUUCAAGCAGAACUCGGAUCUGAAAGAUACCAGCAAGAAAUCUCACAGUAAACUAAUGAGCAACUUUGGUAAACAUAAGAAGGCAGCUAAAGCAAGGUCCAAAUCUCAUAGUGCCUCUGAUGAUGAAGAUUCUCAGCAAAAUGGUCCUGCAAAGGAAUCUGGACAGUUAUACAGGUUGGGCCGGAGGAGAAAAACAAUGAAGCUGUGCCGCGAACUUUCGGAUUUAGUGGUGUACACAAAUUCAGUGGCAGCUCAAGACAUUCUUGAUGAUGGAUCUGUGGGGAAUGUGUUAUCCUUCAGCGAGACAAGAGCACACCAGGUGGUGCAACAGAAGGCCGAGCAGUUUAUGCUUUACAACCAGAAACAGCUCACUCGGAUCUAUCCAUCUGCAUACCGGAUUGACUCCAGCAACUUCAAUCCUCUGCCAUACUGGAAUGUUGGCUGCCAGCUGGUGGCAUUAAACUACCAGUCUGAUGGACGUGUGAUGCAGUUAAAUCAGGCAAAGUUCAGGAUGAAUGGGAACUGUGGAUACAUCCUGAAACCUCAUCAGAUGUGUAAAGGCACAUUCAAUCCAUAUUCUGGGGACCCGCUGCCUGCUCUCCCUAAGAAACAACUUAUACUCAAAAUCAUCAGUGGACAGCAGCUCCCGAAACCUCCAGAUUCAAUGUUAGGAGACAGAGGAGAGAUAAUUGAUCCAUUUGUGGAGGUGGAAAUUAUUGGUUUACCAGCAGACUGCUGCAAAGACCAGACCAGAGUGGUAGAUGACAAUGGGUUUAAUCCUGUUUGGGAAGAAACACUCACUUUCACCAUCCACAUGCCUGAAAUAGCGUUGGUUCGGUUUCUUGUUUGGGAUCAUGAUCCUAUUGGCCGCGACUUUGUUGGACAAAGAACCGUGGCCUUCAGCAGCCUUAUGCCUGGCUACCGUCAUGUUUAUUUGGAGGGACUAACUGAAGCCUCUAUAUUUGUUCAUAUAACAAUUAAUGAAAUUUAUGGAAAGUGGAGUCCCUUAAUUCUCAACCCCAGUUAUACUAUCAUGCACUUUCUAGGAGCCACAAAGAACAAGCAACUGAUAGGACUCCGGGGACUUUUUAACAAGAACCCCAAACAUCAUACUGCAGAAAACAGUGGUCAUUAUGUUCGGAAAAGGUCAAUUGGAGAACGAAUUCUCCGGCGCACAGCCAGUGCUCCUGCAAAAGGCAGGAAGAAGAGCAAAAUGGGCUUCCAGGAAGCCACUGAGCUUAAGGAGAGUACAUCAGAGGCUGCAGACUUGAAAGACAAGGAAGGAGUUCUCAGACGUACAAGCAGGAGUUUGCAGGCACGUCCUGUUUCCAUGCCAGUCGACAAAUAUCUCCUGGUAGGCUUGCCAACACCAGAUCAGGAUACUACCACAGUUGCUGAUGCUACCAAAAAUGAAAAUACCUCUGAAGAAAGUAAACAGGAUUUAAGUGAAGACGGAGGGAAUUUGGAAGAACUAGUCUCCUCAACUGAGAAAGAUCCAUCUUUUACAAAGUUUGCAUCUCCAUUUAAAAGUGAUAUUCCAAAGACAAGCAGUUACACAACUUUACUGGCAUAUGAAAAACCAGAAGGCCUAGACUUUGCAGUUGGUAUUGCUGAAACUUAUUUCUCUACAGAGUAUUGGAAAAGUAAUCUUUCUAGUGAGUCUGUUCAUCUAAAGGAGGAAUCUGUAAAGGAAGAGAAGGAAGUCAUAUGUUUUAUGGAUCGGAAAACUUCAGAGGACACUAUACUGUGCAAGGAGAAAAAAAUGGUUGUAGGGAUUUCUCUUCCUCAAGGAGAUCAAGAAACUAGUAUCAAAUCUCACAUGGCUGUAAAUAGCACUUUAACUAAUUUAUCACUAGCUGACAGAUCCUCUCCAACCGGUUAUGAUGUCAAUGAUUUUCAUUCUGCACCAGCCAUACAAGAUAGUGACAUUUCUCACCUUAUUAAUGAGGUUUCUUUAUCCAAUGCCAGUGAUAUUGGUAGUUCUGUCUCAGCAUUGAUAGACCAGGUUGAUGUCACAAAUGAUCUAACUAAUUUGACUGUUUUCCCAAGUCCUUCUGGAAUUAGCAAACAGAUCAAUAAUAUGAAGUCCACACAUCCACCACAUAUGAUGUCCUGUGAACAGAAUAAAACUUUUGACCACCAGUUGCGUAGCAUAGCACCAGUUGGACAAGCAUCAUAUUCAACACCAGAAAAUGCUAUGAUAUCAACUCAGACAACAGAGUGUUCUCAGCCCAGUAUUAUCCACGAGGCUCCUCUUUCGUCAGCCUCUUACCAUGAAUCAAUGGGCAGACUUGCUUACAAGGACACAAGCCAUGGUGCAGAAGACAUGUGUAUUGUACCGUCUGCUAUUUCACCUGCCACUGUGUUGAAAGGAGACCCCAAAAGGAAGUGUGGAACACACUGGGAAUCUUUCAGCAUUAGUAACUCCCACAUUUCUGACAGCACAGAUUUGGAAAAAACAAUACUUGUUCCUCUUACUUGUGCAGAUUCUACAGGCAGCAACCUAGUGGAAGUAGAUGCAGAUCUGCAAGACCUUUUGAUCACUGCCUAUGAAUACAAAAGAGAAGACAUGAGUCAGCUUGCUUCUCCUUUGAAGCUGAAGCAUAAUCAGGACCCUCUGUAUUAUAACAAAACAGUCUGUGAACAUCUAAACAGUGUGGACAUCCAUAGUGCCAACCUAGUCAAAGAUUUUAAGUUGAGGAGUGAAAAAAAUCAGUAUCUUCCUUACACAGACCGUCACAGUGUCGAUCUUUUGUAUAGUAAUUACCUACAAAUUUCAGGCACACAAAGUGAAUACAUAAACAAAGCUCAAACAGUCAACAUGGACUCCCCUUCUUUGCCCAAGAAUGCUUUGCCUUCUUCUUCCACAGUUCAGAAACAACCAAGCCCUUGUAAGUCCAAAAGUCUUGGAGACUUAACUUCGGAAGAUAUCUCUUGCAAUUUUGAAAGCAAGUACAAGUAUAUUAGUAGAGGUUUUAUCACAUCUGGUAUGAGAGACAAAAUGGUGGCUACUCUGAAGGCUAAGAAACCGCAGGCUACAGAUACUCUGACAGAACAGCUGCGCAAGCUUGUGUCAUUUGAUCAGGAAGACGGCAGCCAGUCAUUUGGUUCCAAGCAGAAUGAAGAUUGCCCUAAAAUGUUGGUCAGAAAACUGUCAUCAAGGAGUCAAAGCAGAGUGCGGAACAUUGCUAGCCGUGCCAAAGAGCGACAAGAAGCCAACAAACAAAAACUCUCUAAUGCUAGCAGCAAUGAAAGUGGAGUUGUCUUUAGAAACAAGACACCUGUACCUCCUCGCAUCAUCAACAGACAUUCCACCGGCUCUUACAUAGCAAGCUAUUUGGAUGACUUCAGUACAGAGGAUCUAGAAGGCCGAGGUGUCCCGGAAGGCUCUUGUACCUCUUUGCGCUUUGGAUAUGGUGACCGGUUUUAUACUGAUGACUCUCUCUUGGAAACCAAGCCAAGUGAAGAUGAUAAGCCCGAAAUUUAUUUUCUCCUGAGACUAUAA